CUGCACGAUGACCGACAACGAAACUGGUGACGGCUGAAGGUGUGUGCGAGUUCAGCGACGGACGGCGCGCUGGUCGGUUUGCCGGUGGUGCAGUCGGGUGACUGACGAGCGGAGCUGCGUUAAGCCGCGUACAGCGCCGAAAGCCUCGCGCCUGUCCUGUCUCCUCCUGAAAAAGUUCAAGUGUCCGCUGCCAUCAUUGACUUUACUAAAGAAGACACAACAGCGCGGCCUGAAGCUGCACGGGCCUACAUGAACAUAUCCAGCGAGCACAUCAGCCUGGGAACUGCAGAAAUCAAAAAAUGAGCAACAAAGAGAAAGACAUAGGAAGCGAUGCCAUGAUUUGUGCAAAGUGACGAUUCCGAUAGCACGCCGCGUGGCUACUGUGUUUUACCUGUCCAUAAUGAUUAUACGUGGAAAGGAUGAAGUGCUGCUGCCCCAGCCAGCAGUCUCCUGGCAACAUGACCGCGGCAGAGCUGAACUUGACGUCCCUGCUGCACAACCAGAGCAGGGGAUGCUCCCUGACCAGGACCGCCUUCCAGUUCUACUACCUGCCCACGGUCUACAUCGUGGUCUUCGUCGCCGGCUUCAUCGGCAACAGCGUCGCCAUCUGGAUGUUCGUGUUCCACAUGAAGCCCUGGAGCAGCAUCUCGGUGUACAUGUUCAACCUGGCCCUGGCCGACUUCUGCUACGUGCUCUCGCUGCCCUUCCUCAUCUUCUACUACUUCAACAAGACGGACUGGAUCUUCGGCGACGUGCUCUGCAAGCUGCAGCGCUUCCUCUUCCACGUGAACCUCUACGGCAGCAUCCUCUUCCUCACGUGCAUCAGCGUGCACCGCUACAGCGGCGUCGUGCACCCGCUCAAGUCCCUGGGGCGCCUCAAGAAGAAGACGGCCGUGUGCACGAGCGCCCUCGUAUGGACCGUCGUGGUGCUGGGCAUCUCGCCCAUUCUCUACUACUCGCGCACGGGCUCCAAGCGCAACGUCACCACGUGCUACGACACGACCACCGAGGACGAGCUGCCCGGCUACUUCAUCUACAGCAUGUGCACGACCGCGUUUGGCUUCUGCGUGCCCUUCGUGAUCAUCUUCAUCUGCUACGGGCUCAUCGUCAAGGCGCUCGUGUGUAACGACAUGAACAACGGCCCGCUGCGCAGGAAGUCCAUCCACCUGGUCAUCAUCGUGCUGGCCGUGUUCGCCGUCUCCUACCUGCCCUUCCACGUCAUGAAGAACCUCAACAUGCGCGCGCGGCUCUACUUCCAGAGCCCGGACAUGUGCGACUUCAACGACAAGGUGUACGCCACGUACCAGGUGACGCGUGGCCUGGCGAGCCUCAACAGCUGCGUGGACCCCGUGCUCUACCUCUUGGCGGGGGACAGCUUCCGGCGGCGGCUCUCGAGGGCCACGCGCAAGCCGUCCCGAAGGGCUGAGAACAUGCCGCAGUCCAAGAGCGAGGAGAGGGCCCUCGACAGCUUCCCGGAGCACACCGAGAACGGCGGGUCCGGGGUUCGGACCACCUUGGUGGGCUGAUGCGAUGCGCGGGUGGGGCAGCCCCUCGCGUGCGCCUCGUUGCUGUGCGAACUGUCCCGCAAAGCGGCGCGAACCCGCCGCCGGGUGGCUGACGGCAACGGCUGCCCAAGCUAUCGAGGAGAAGAACGUGGAUUAACCGCUGCACUGUGACCCGCCGACACGCGUGGGCUCGGGUUCGACCCGGUGACACGUGGGAAUCUCUAAUGACUUCAUUUUUAGCUUGUUCAUUCCAACGCAAUGGUUUUUAGAGUGUUUUACUUCUGCACACAUUGCAUAUGAAUGUGACGUAACGAGUGGAAUAUGACGUAUACACUGUUUACUGCUGUAUUUAAAACGUGAAGGGACUGAAAGUAUUAACAAAGUAACACUGUGCCGAAGUGUGCGUGCCGCUGUCAGCGUCCUCAGUGUGUGUGUUCAGCGUGUUCUCGCUAGCGAGGAGGUCUCCUCCUCGUCGUCGUUAAAUUAUUGCAUGUGGCCGACACGGGGCCUGGACACCUUGGGAUGUGAUCUAAUAAAAUGUCCUGGGUCUCCAAUAUCUCCUGGAAGUGUGUGUAUGUGCGCACGCGCUGCACUGCAAAUAUUUCCAUGAGACCUCCUUCCUGCUCUUCUUCACCUCGGGACUCCCAGAGCAUCUCUGAUGAUCACAUGUUUGUGCCACGGCACUUUCAAACAUGGGUUGUUUCACAGUAAUGAGGGAACACAUUCACAAGGGCGUGACAAAACGACGCCGUAAAUGUUCACUGCUGUAACGUGACCCCUGUGCACUCAGGCCUUUCUGCCCCCGUUCGCUGACGCUCGGUUAAUCACUUGUGUGAUGCGCUGUUGUUAUUUGCUUCUCAUUCGCUCGCGAGACCCUUUUUGACGAAAAGUGACUUGCACAGAUUUACUCUGGGAUUUGAACCUGUCACUGCUAAGCCACCUGCUGCACCCGUUUGUUUGCUGUUUGUCUGCUGUAACACUCCAUGUCCAGCUGCUUUCGUUCGAGAACAGUCUCUUCUCUGGGUUUGUUUCUCUCCACGCCCUUGUGUACUGGUACAGUGCACUGAUUGUUUACUGGUCCGGCGUACCGGUUGCAUACUGGUGCAGCGCUCCUUGGUCCAGUGUAAAGGACUCACAGCUGUGGUCCUUCUCCAGCGGACCCCUCACUCACGUCCCUUUCUUCACAUCCCGUGGGACGGAGUGGGAGCAGAAUGGACGAGCGGAACUUCUCGCCGUUCCCUGGUCCACCUUUGUGUCGCAAACAAAAGAGCAGGGCCCGCUGGCACUGCCACCGCGGGGCUCCGCGCCGCUGGCAGCUUCGCCAGGCCCGCCCUGCUAACAGAGCCCUUUUCAUUGGGGGGCCUCAGGGGAGCACUGCGGGGGGCAGGGUGAUUGACUCAGGUGCAUUCUACUCUCUCCACUGUUGUUUAUGCUUGUUGUAACAGUUAUAUGAGCAGUUUCUGUUUCCCCAGUUUGUUUUUGGACUUUGUGUGUGUGUGUCUUUGUGAAACAGACGGAGCGGAGCAAGGGCUCAGCUCUGCACCUAAAGAGAACCGCUGGGCUUUCACAGACACGCCAAGACAUGAAUGUGCCGUCUGUGAGUCGGUUUGCACGGGCCGGCCGGAGGCGGGGGGGGGUCCUUACAAUCGGCCCCGUUGGCCGGCCCCUCACCAAGGGGACCCCAUGGGGUCCACACAAUUACCAUGCCAUUAUGUGCCGAUGAAGGGUGCCCCUGUGCCUCUGGACUUGCAGGAGGGGAAAGUCCCGCUCGGUUGCCGAGGGCGCCACCGCUGCCUCGGACCCGCUCCCUGAGGGUGGGCGGAGCCCCGCUGGUGCAAAUUUCUGAAAACCAGAGGCUGCAGGUGGAAACAGGACGGCCGACUCAUUCACCUGCACUGUUUGGCAACCGAUGGUACAGGACAGAACAGAGCAGAGUGCGGAUUCUCGCUGCACUGACUGAGACUGAAAUUAGAACCAACAACCUCCUGCUCGCACGAACAGUCCUGCUGCACAUUUGAGUUUUCCGAAGAAAAGGGCCUUUUCUUCAUUUGCUGGUAGCCGGUAGCAUAAUGAUUAGCGUCGCUGCCUGUGGAUCCAAAGGGUGUGGGUUUGAAUCCUUCCUCUUGAUGCAGUGUUCUUGAUGAAGAUACAGUAAAAAUGACCUGGCUGUGUAAAUGAGUAGAUCAGUGUAUGUUUCUUUGGAGAAAGCUUGUCUAUUAAAUCUAAAUAAGUGCCAGGAAAAAAAAGAUGGGUGUGAAAUUGGGUGGGUGGAGCUACUUUGGCGCUGACAGUGAAAAUGGCUGUAGAGAACAGCGGAGUUUGUAGGAGAAUGCGGAAGACAGCAUGUCAGCGAUAUGUUCACGUUUUUAGUUUCAGUUUCACAACAAGUGUUCAUAAACCCAGUGAAUGUAUUUCUACAGUUUCAUGCAACUCUCACCAGCAGGUGGAGCAGUGGUUGGAGUCAUUGCCUAAUAAUGGCAAUUUCCAUUUAGUUGAAGGUUUUCUCCAAAGCGACAUACAAAGACAAAUUUCUUACAGGGAUUUGCCCAUUUCUACACCCCAGCGAUUGUUUUACUGCAGCAAAUUGAUCGGUGCAACACAAUCAGGCGUAGUACAGCGAGAGGGAUUCGAACCUGGAUCCUUUGAGUGCAAGGUGGCAACUCUAACUCUUGUAUUCAUUUUGCUACCUGCUGACCCUGGUAAAUAGUAAUGCACGUACCGCGAUUUAUAUAUCAAAACAUUGCAUUGUUAAAUGGAUGGGGGGGCCGUGGUGGCGCAGUGGCAC